AAGUCCCGUAAGUAGAGAUGGUGUUGUGGUUGUCCACGCCGCCGACACCUCUCUGACUGAGCGUGCUAUCUCGUUGCGGAAGACCGAGGAGGGAGAGAGAGAGAUAGAGAGAGAGAGCGCGCGCGCUUCUCCACGCAUGGAGCUGAGCUCGGAUCCUGUGGUGGCGUCGCUGGAGAAAAGCAAAGACGAUGAUAGCGUCGGAGAGUACGAGAGCCUGCCGCCUCAUGUCUCAGUGGGGACCCACAUGACAGCAGGAGCCGUGGCGGGCGUCCUGGAGCACACGGUGAUGUACCCGGUGGACUCUGUCAAGACAAGGAUGCAGAGUCUGCAGCCAGACCCGAAUGCACAGUACCGGGGUGUGUACCAGGCUCUGAAAAGGAUCACCCAGACUGAGGGGGUCUUCAGACCGUUGAGGGGCCUCAACAUCACCAUGAUGGGAGCGGGGCCCGCACACGCGCUCUACUUUGCCUGCUAUGAGCAGGUCAAACGCUCUCUAAGUGACGUCAUGCAGAGUGGAGGCAACAGCCAUUUGGCCAAUGGUUUGGCGGGUAGUGUGGCCACUGUUCUCCAUGAUGCCAUCAUGAACCCAGCUGAAGUGGUAAAGCAGAGGAUGCAAAUGUACAACUCGCCAUAUCGAGGACUUGUGGACUGUCUCCAAACAGUGACGCGCACUGAGGGUUUGGGCGCCUUCUACCGCAGCUACAGCACACAGCUGACCAUGAACAUCCCUUUCCAGGCCGCUCACUUCAUCAUCUACGAGCUGAUGCAGGAGCAGCUGAACCCUCACAGACUUUACCACCCCGGCAGCCACAUAGUGUCGGGAGCAGCAGCGGGAGCCAUUUCCGCAGCCAUAACCACUCCCCUCGACGUUUGUAAAACUCUGCUCAACACUCAAGAGAAUGUAGCGCUUAACUCCAUGAAGAUCAGCGGCCACUUAUCGGGAAUGGCUAAUGCCUUCAGGACAGUGUACCGGCUCGGUGGCCUAGCGGCCUUCUUCAAAGGGGCCCAAGCUCGGGUUAUAUACCAGAUGCCCUCCACUGCCAUCGCCUGGUCAGUGUACGAGUUCUUCAAGUACUUCCUGACUAAGCAGCAGCGUGAACAGGAGGCGGGACCUCGACCCAUGUAAUGGAAAGUGUGCUGUUUGAGGAAAUAUCAUCACUUAUUGUCUCGCUGAAGGAGUGGCAGACAAUGGCUUCCCUUAUUGUUCCCUCACCUAAAUAUUUGUGUGUUUCAAGUUAGGAUGUUGCUCAACCAGGAUUAUGCAACCGAGAUUAGUAUUCUUAAAAGGACAGAAACACGAAGAAGAGUUGAAUGGUCCUCUUCUUCCUCCUCCACCCCACAAACUCAUGAACUACAACUCUCCAAACUGUCUUCUACACGUGGAGGCCGUGAGGAGAAUCAAGUUGUCUUGAGUGAUGUUUAUAGUUCUCAAUGUUGAAUCUUUUUAUUUAUUUUGUUAGCUUUCAGAGGCUUAUAUUUUACGGAUGUGGAGGAAACGCAAUGCUGUUUGUUUGUUUUCUUUUUCAUUGUGCAUUUAUAAAAAAAAAAAAAAAAAAAAAAAAGAACAGGCAUUCACAACACAUUCCUCAUUUUCACUCCACAACAGUUGCACUUUCCAAAGUGCCUCAUGAAUAUUAAACACGGCUUCACCAGUUUUUCUUUUUGCCCUCUGGUUUUUCACAGAGAACAUUUUUCUAGCAAAGAAGCGUUUUAUUCUGAAAUAAGAUCAAGUCUUAUAGUGGCUCUUUAUGUCAUAACUGAGGUGCUUAAUCUCCGCACUCCUAUUUUUGUGUUAUAUCAUUUUGCUUAAAGUGCAAAAUGGCGUAGUUUCCUAAUGAGAGACCCUCUUUCUCUCUGUCAGCAUCACGGGGCGCAGGCAGCAGUAGUCCAGUUAACCAACCGUUGCUCCUGAAUCCUGCUCAGUAAUCGUCCCAUUUAAAGAAUCGUACCCGUUGUAGAGAGACGGCAGCUUGAUGAUAGGUGUUCAGGUGAGGGUGACCGUGACUUUUUCUGAGAAACGGUCCAAAGGUGGAUCAAAUGCAGCCGUUACUUGUGAUGUUGUCCAUGUCUCAACCCUGACGUUUAUUUGUACCGGUGUGACGUUGAGCUUUCGAGUGGCCUGUUUUUGUUUACGUGUGUCACAUUGACCAUGAACCUCAAGGUCGUACAUUAUAUAUUAACUAUUUUUACAGUAUGACUGGAGCUUUUAAGUGCAGACUUUCUGUGAUCCAAAAUGUAACAUCGUAACUUUUAACUGGGUGAUCUCCAUGAGACCGGUGACUGAUCAGCUGGUGAGCAGGCAAUGCUUGUUCUUUUAUUGUCACUCAUCCUGUUGUACUUUCACAUUUCCUGUGUGCUCUCUGCGCUCUCCAACCUCUGGAAUACUUUCCAUUCAGUCGUCAAGACAUUCCUCCAGAUAUUGGAUGUUAUCCAGCAAGCAGUUAGAUUUAUUUGUUUUUAAUUAAGGAUGUUUUGUUUUUCCCCCUUGUUAAAGUUCAGAUUCCAGUGGUCUCACAAACCCUCAGCAGAUUCUUUGUGCUUGUACAGCGCGCUAAUUGUGACUAUACCAAAGACGUGCAUUGUGUUCUAUGCAUCUUACUUUUAACCUGUAAUUACAAUGCUAUUUGCCUGCCUGCCUGAAUUGUCAUGCCACCUUUUUAGCUGCAUAGUUUCCAACCAGAGUAGUGUUCAGUUGCUUAAUCACUUAAAUUCUAAAUCCUCUCGAGGCUUAUUGUCGGGAAAGUAUUUUCUGCCUCAGCAUAUCCUUUUUCCCCUUUUUAAAAUAUUUCAUUGACUCCUAAGUACUUGAGAAAAAGCAGUAUGUAUGUUAUUUUGGAAGGUUUUCAAUAUGUUUGGAAAAUUACAUGAUGACCUAUUUUUAUUUUUAAACUUUUUAUACUCGCUACUUGUUUUGGAUCUCACAUGAAUGGAUGAGCCGUUUUCUCAGCUUGAAUAUAAAAAUGUCUCAAUUAGCAUCGAUUCAUGAUGUGUUAUUCUAAUCGAAGUGUAAUCACAGUUUGUUGCCCACGAUGUGUUCAUUUUUGUUCAGUCGGGUCCGUUGACAAAACUCCCCUCCUGAUAUUAAGUGAAUCAUUUGAUGAACAAAAGUAAAAUGAAGCCAGUCAGAUUAGUGCUUUUCCUUCCUUUGGAGUGGUGAUUCAUAAUAGUGAAUCAUAAUUCCCAAACUGUUGCAACACUUUUGUCCUGUACUUUUAACAUGUCAAAGUAGUGUUUCUAAUAGAUGCUUACAUUUUAAAGGAGACAGGAUGGCUGAUGUUCUACGUGGGGAUUUUCAUUAUGUAAAUGGUUUUAGUACGCACAAAUACUUGGGAUGGUUUUUGAGAGAGAGCCAUCUCCAGAACAGGAAUGCUGGGAAGUAUGACCAUGCUAAUAUGAAAUGAUUGUGAUAAUGCUGCUACAGUAUGUAACACUGGAGCUGAAAUAAACAUGCAAGUGAGGAA